AUGAGUGUGGAAGAAACACAAAAUUAUUUUUGGGCUGUACAAGAUCUAUUAGGUCAUGGUGCGACGAGUCAAGUGUACAAAGCGUAUAAUAAACAAACGGGUGAUAUGGUUGCGGCAAAAGUUUAUGUUAUCCCUUCACCAAAUAAUUCACGUAUGCCGAAUGCACAACGAGACAAAGAUUUUCGUCCAAUAUUAGAUAAAGAACUAAAAAUAUUAAAAGGAGCUCUACAUGAAAACAUUGUACGUUAUAUUGCAUUAGAACCUGUUAUUUUUGAUGCCACAGUUACAACACCAACUUCACCAUCAUCUUCGCGCGUAAAUCGUGAAGCACUAUUUAUCGAAUAUUGUAAUGGUGGAAGUUUACAUAAUCUACUCGAAAUGAAUGAACACCGUUAUGGCUUAUUCGAAGAUGAUUUUCUGCUUUUAUUCAAACAUUUAACGUAUGGUCUAAAACAUUUACACGAAAAAAAUAUUAUUCAUCGCGAUAUUAAACCCGAUAAUAUCAUGUUAUCAAUCAAUCUUAAUGGCGAACGAACGUACAAACUAGCUGAUUUAGGUGUGGCACGUGAAAUGUUGGUUAAUGAGGGUGAAUUAUCGUUUAAAUCUUUGGUUGGAACAGAAGAAUAUUUACACCCAGACUUAUAUCUUCGUGCUCUACAUAAUGGCAAGUCUUCUGAUUUUCCAUUUGAAAUCGAUUUAUGGUCAUUGGGUGUUACCCUUUAUCAAUGUGCUACCGGAGAAUUACCAUUCUCACCAUUUAAUGGUACAAGAAAAGAUCGUACAACAAUGAAAGAAAUAUUAGUACAAAAACCAGACGGAGUUAUAUCUGGUAUUCAAAAUUCAUCUGGUGGUGCAAUUGAAUGGUCAAAAACAUUACCAGCAUCAUGCCGUUUAUCACCAAGUUUAAAACGACGUUUAGAAGCUUUAUUACCACGUUUAUUAGAAUCGAAUCGUUUAAAAUUAAUGAAAUUUAGUGAUUUUUUUAGUGAAGCCGAUCGUUUAUUAAAUACUGUUCCAUUAUAUUAUUUAAAUCUGAAAACAUUUAACUUAACGUGUACGUAUUUUGAACCAUCACAAUCAAUAACACAAUUAUAUGAUUCAUUGAAAAAAUAUAAUAAUGAUAGUGGUGAUUAUUACUGUUGUAUACAAAAUAUUCAUUAUCCACUUCCAAAAGCAAAUACAAUAACAAUUAAAGCAUUUUGCGAACAAUUACCUAUACCACCAUCAAAAGAAAAUCCAUUGGUAUUUUAUACAUUUUCCACCGAACGAUCUGAUAAUAAUUAUGUUCCUAAGAUAAUAAUUCCUGAGGUUAAACCAAUAAAACAAUAUAAUGAUGUUGCAGCUGCAUGCGAUUGGUCUAAAGAUGUCAUUGGCUCAUUUUUCUAUAUCAAAGAUCAAUUAAUGGAAUAUCAGAAUAUAUUACAAACGGCUCAAUGCUCAACAUCAAUCAUUCAGCAACAUUUAAAAUCAAAAUUAGUCGAAUUUCUUUGUUUAAUAAGAGAAAAAUUGAUGAUAUUCAAAUCAAUUGAUGAAUUAAAACUUAUACUAGAGCAAAUUGAUUGCAAUAGUAACCAACAGAAUGGGAAUACCAAUAUGUCAUCCCCUGUUUCUCAUAAUAAUAGUCAGAGUCCUAUUAAUAACAAUGGAGGCUUAAAUCGUGAUCCAGCAAGUGGCAAGAUACUUCUUGGUUUUUCAGCUUUAUUGCUCAAUAAUAAUGUCUCACCAACAUCGUCAAACGAAAAUAGUCUUUCACCAGUGACUGUUGGUCGUCCCUCAUCGGCUUCGAUUAUUCAAGAGAGUUAUCGUCAUUAUGUACGUCAAUGUUUACAUCCGUAUGAAGAACUCGUCAAAUGUGAAACAGAAAUAUUAUCAAUAAUUGACAAUGAUUUUGAUGGACAAUCAACCGAUGAUUCACAGCCGUAUAGUAAAACACUUUGGUUAUCUCAUCGAAAUAAAAAAUAUUUAUCAUGGUUACAUACAAUCGAGACUUAUAUUCGAAAAUUACACGAUUUAAAUGAAUCAUUUCGACGUGAUCGUCUUUUAAAUUCAUAUAAUCGUUUACAGAUCGAUGCACAUUAUCGUCGACGUAAAAAUUUAGAAGAACUACAUGACAAAUAUAAAAAAUUUGCUACAGACGAAUGUUAUCCAUUUAUUGUUCAAAUAUAUCAAGAUUAUGUUGAAUGGAUGGAAACAAAAUCAAAAUGUGUUCAAAGAUACGAACAUAUAAAAAGAGUAUACAAUAAACUAUGUGAUGAUAUGAGUAAUUUAAUUACACUAGAUGAUUUAAGAAAGAUGGUUUACAGUAACCUAAAAGGUGGAAGUAGUGGUGGUUCGAACAUCGGAGAAACAUCAAUAUUACUGCCAAGUCCACCUCUACAAAUGAACAGCAAUAACAAUCUUCUUCGACAACAGCAUCAAGGAACAGAAAAUGGUGGAAACAUGGACGAUUAUGAUGAUGAAGUUAGUGAGAGUGAUAGCGCUCAGAAAACAAACAGAUUUCUUAAAAGUAUACGUGGUACAACACAAAAAACAUUGGAACAUGCUGAAGAAAGUGUCUUUCGUCUUGAUAGUGUUAUUCAACAAUUGAAAACACAUGGUCAAAAGCGCUGA